AUGUCCUCCCCGGCAACAACCUUUCUCCUCCUCUUGCUCUCCAUGGCGGCCUUAGCCAUUCCAGCCUCGGCCAACGACCGUUUGAAAUCCGGCCAGACACUGUAUCCGGGGGAAUCGCUUCAGUACGGCGUCUUCUCCCUCACCAUGCAGACUGAUUGUAAUCUCGUCCUGCGUGCCACCAGUUCUGAAAUAUGGUAUACGGGGAGAGUCGCCGCUAAUUGCAUUCUGCAGCUGCAGUUCGAUGGAAAUCUUGUCAUUUCUAGUGAUUUUGGAGCUAGAGUUGUAUGGUCCAGCAAUAGCAUACAGCAAAAUAAGGGAGUUUAUGAGCUCGUCCUCCAGAGCGACCGCAACGUCGUCAUCUACGGCGAAGAUGGUAAAGCCAUUUGGGCCAGCAACACCAGCAUGGGCGGCCAUUCUGCCAUGGCGGCGGUUUAG